AUGUCUGUGAACAAAAGAGACUCGGCACGAAAUGCAAUUAAACGCUCUCUUGAACUCAGUAAAGCUGAAAGCGGAAAAUACUCCAAACAGCAGCUGGAAGUAUACAUAGAGCUUUUACGUGAACAAUGGGGCCGGUUCAGUAUUGCUCAAGAAAUUGUGGAAGAGUCUUGCGGAGCAAACGCCAUAGAAGCAGAACAGUACGAAAGAGAACAGGGCGAACAAUGGUAUGCAUCCGCAAUGUCAAAUUUCAAAGCAAUGCUCGAAGCACAAUCUCCUCUUAACACAACAACAGUAGGCGAGGUUUCACGCAGCACAUCUGUCAUUCCAAACAUCAAGCUUCCAGCAUUUAAUUUACCUCAUUUUGAAGGAGAUCCGACAACAUGGCUCACAUUUUUCGACAGUUUCAGUGCCAUCGUACUAAAACACGAAACGCUGACUGGAAGUCAAAAAUUGCACUAUUUACGCUGCUGCUUGUCUAAAGAGCCGCUGCAACUAAUCUCAAAUUUCAAACUUCAAGAUGCAAAUUUCAGCGAAGCCUGGAAUUUAUUAACAACACGGUACAAUAUUCCGCGUGUUAAUAAAGAUCAUCAUUUCCGUGCUAUUUUUUCGGUGCAAAAGGCAAACAGCGACACUCCCACUGUAAUCAAAGGCGUAUUAGACCCCAUCAUGCAAAAUGUUCGUGCAUCGAAGGCUUUGGCGCUGCCGGUUCAACAUUGGGAUGAAUGGUUUAUACACGUAAUUGUGCAUAGGCUAGCAAACGAAACAAGACGACAAUGGGAACUUUCACUUGGAGAACAACAAGAGGUAGAUCUUAAUAUUUUGCAGGAAUUUCUCGAAACUCAAUGUCGCUCGCUAGAGGCAGCGUUAACGCAUACUGGGUUUACGAAACAGACUGCAGCAAGACCCAAAAACAAAAUAAAUGCAUAUCACGCCACGCAAGGGGGUCAGACGGAUUCCAAACGGUGUUUGUAUUGUUCUGGUGAGCAUAGAAUUUAUCAAUGCCCUCAAUUUCGUGAAAUCCCGGUAACCACGCGAAAGGACGUAAUCCGAAAUAAAAACGCUUGUACAAACUGUUUGGGCGAGAUGCAUAAAAGAGACAAGUGCCGAAGCGCAUCAACGUGCAGAAUAUGCAGACAUCGCCACCAUACGCUACUUCAUUAUUCCGAAACCUACACUACUUCGAUGGAUACUGCGAAUUCACAAUCAUCCAAAAAUAGUGAUAAUGCAAACAUCACCUUACUUGCAAGGCGUUCGUCGUACUCUGCCACUGCCGCACUAAGCGCACCAGAAGCAACCACUUCGGGCACACAUUCUGACGCGACCUUUAGGCAAGCCGUUCUUCUCGCUACUGCCCAAUUACGAGCAUGUGACAGGCUCACACUCUUCAUUUAUAACUGA